AUGUCAAUAAUAAUUGUGACAUUGAUUAUUUAAUCUACCAUUUUGUCCAUAUAUAAUGGUGUUACAUGUACUUAGCAAAAUUACUUUUUACUAUUUGAUAUCUUCUUACUUUUAGGACAAUUUGGAUAAAACUUUUCAUUAAUAUUAUUAAUUGGCAGUAUUUGUUUGUCAAACGAGUUACUAAUUGCUGAAGAGAAUGUAAAUUUGAUAUUAAUGUAGAUCAAAUGUUAUUAUUUGAGUAUGCGUUUUAUUCUUAGUGCACAUGUGCUUAUGUAAAAACAGAAAUCUAUCUACUUUUUAUUUUGCUUAUUUUAUUUACUUUUCAGAUCUAAUUUAUACUUAUAACCAUUAUCCUAUUUGUCUAUCUUUGGCUAUUUAAUGAUUUUGAUAUAAUGUAAUGUUUAAAAUAAACUCAAAAGGUCAAUGUCAUAAACUAUCGAAUGGAAAUUCUAAGAAUUCUUAAACACAACAACUUUUCGAUUUUUUUAGAGCUAGCUUACCUAUUCCACUCUGUAUAAUUUAAAAGAAUGGUAUUUCAUUUUGGUUAUUUCUUAGAAUUUUUGUUUAGAACUGAUUAAUUUAUAACUGAAUAUGUAGAAAUCACUCCUUAUCUUAUAAGUUAGAUUUCUUCAGAAAAGAAUAAAGAAAGCAUUAAUACUUAUUUAUCAGAUAAAGGUUUAAAUAAUAAAAAUAAAUCAUAUAUUUACGAAGGAAGUAAGAUAUUAGAAAAUUGCAAUGUUUUAUAAAAUAAUAGUCAACUAGAAUUCUAUUUUAAUGUUAGAAAUUAUUUUCCAGUUGAUAUUGAGGUUGCAGAAGUUAUUUGGGAAUAAUAACCAGCUACAAUGCUAAUUUUUUAAACUUAAUAAUAGAGAAAUGAAAAGAAUUAGAUUAAGGAAUUAUAAUAGAGAGAUUAAUAUAAAGAUGAAAUGUUGGCAAGUGUUUCACAUGAUUUCAAAACUCCAAUUAAUGGAAUAGUGGCUAUAGUGUAAUUUUUAGAAUCGUAAGAAUUUUUCAUUUAAUUUAAGGAUUGUUAUUAACUAAAUUGAACUUAAUUAUUUAAUUAUAUUGAAGAAGUGGGCUUAAUUAUUGUUAUAUAUGAUUAGUGACAUUUUAGACUUUUCGAGAAUUUAAAAUAAUACUUUAAGGUUGACAAGUACUCCUUUUCUUAUAAAUGUAAUUGUUUAAGAGAUUAUUGAUUUGAUAUCUUUGUAAGCUAAUUAGAAAGGAAUAGUGGUUGAAAAAUAAAUAACUUUAGAAGAAGAUAUAAGUAUGAAUUCAGAUCCAAAUAGACUGAAAUAGAUUUUAUUAAAUUUAUUAAGCAAUUCCUUAAAAUUUACUGAGAAAGGAAAAAUAAAGAUAUAAGUUGAUUAUAAAAAUGAUGAAUUAGAUAAUUAAUUUAAAAUUAUCACAAUAAGUGUUUAAGAUACAGGAGUAGGUAUUCCAGAUGAUAUUAAACCAAAAUUAUUUUAAAUGUAUGGUACUUUUGAUUUUACCAGUAAUGGGUCAAAUAAAAAUGGUAUAGGAUUAGGAUUAUUUAUAUGUAAGAAAUUGGUUGGAUUACUUGGACCUUCUGAUAAAAUAAAUUUAAAAAGUUAAGUUGGAAUUGGAUCAACAUUUAGUUUUGAUAUUUAUACUAAUAUUGAUGAAAGAAAUAUAAUAUUUAAAGAAUAUCAAAAGGAGAUGACCAAUAUUUAUAAGUAAGAUACUAAAUAAAGUUUAUGUGCUCAUCAUCAUACUAAUUUCAUAACUUCUUAGUAUACUAUUUUCAAUUAAACCAGUAAUUUAACAACUAUUCAUUAUAAUUAAAAAGGACAAACAAAAAAGUUGAAUAAUAAAACAAUAUCAACUUAAUAAGAAAUUUAUCAUAGUAAAUAAUCUCAUAAAACACAAUAAUUCAGAACUUUAAAUCCUCAAAAAUCAUCAAACAAAAGAAUGAAUACUGAUAAUAAUAUAUCUUUCAAUUUAGAAGACUCUGAUAAUUCUAAAACAAGAAAUAUUGAAUAAUAUUUAGAAUAUCAUAAUGAUAUUACUUAAGCUCCAUAUAUUAAUAAAAACUAAAGAAAUGUUGAAAUAAAUAAUAAUAAUCCUAUGAAUUCACUAUUUUACUAAAUUGAAAGUUCAGAAUCUCCAGCUAUGCAUAAUAUGUAACGUAAACCAUUAUAAUUUACUGAAUCAAUUGAGGAUAUGAUGAGAAUCUUAUUUCCAGAACCAACCAUAAUUUUAGUUGUAGAUGAUUCACCAGUUAAUGUCUUUGCAUUUAGAUUGAUCAUGCAAAAAUAUGCUUUUAUCACUAUAGAAGAAGCUUAUAAUGGAGAAUAAGCAUUAUAAAAAAUAAGAAUGAGUAGAGAAAAAGAUAUAAAGUAUCAAUAUAUUUUCAUGGACUUAACUAUGCCAAUUUUAAAUGGAUAUGAAGCUACUGAAUAAAUUAGAAUUAUGGUAUCAUAUUUAUAUUAUUUUUUAUUUGAUUUUAGGAGAAGGACAACUUUAUUGAAAAGAGUUUUAUUAUUGCUUUAACUGGAUAUGAUGAUCUUAAGGAGAAAGAGAAAUGCCAACAAAAAGGAUUUGAUGCAUUUCUUUCUAAGCCUAUAAAAAUUAUUGACAUUAUCUCGGUAGUUAAUGAAGUAAAAAGUAUGAAAGAUCCAUUAAUUUGA